GUCAGCUGUAAGUAGCAGCCAGCCCUGACUAUCGAAUGCAGUUCUGAGUGCGAAGCCCGUGUAGUCACAAUUGCAUUGUGGCGAUUUUGAGGAACCAUGAGCGCGGACGAAGGCAAAAGGAGAGCCAGAGCGGCCGUCCAGGCCAUGUUUGACAGGUACAAGCUGCUGGCUUCGAAGCGGCCCGAGGAUCACGUUGACUUCGACAAUGUGGUCAUGAAUAACAUGAAGCUGGUGGAUGCUGGACCCGAAGGCUCUGUCGAGUAUGAGCUCUACAUGGCACCGGGCUUCUCCAACCUGAACAAUGUCAUGCACGGCGGCGCAGCUGGAGUCAUCUUCGACAUGUCAACCACGACUGCCCUGUGCCCUCUUGCGCGUCCAGGAUUCUGGGAGUUCAUGGGCGGCGUGACGCGCACACUCAACAUCUCAUACCUGAAAGCGGUACCGAUAGGAGUAACAGUACGACUGGUCAGCAGGGUAGUGAGCGUGGGAAAACAGAUGGCCAUGAUCAGGGGUGAGAUGACAAGUCUCGAUGGAAAGAUUACCUAUUGCUCAGUCGAGCACCACAAGGUCAACGUCCCUGUGCUGUCAGAUCACGUGAGCGUGAGGAUACCCUGGGACGAUGAGUUUGAGAAGGAGCAUGGGGUUGUGAAGAGCAAGACAGAGAUAGGCUUGAAGAGCAAGAUAUAGUCCAAGACGGUCUUCUGGCCCUGAGGCACCUGCGUGUGUGGAUGAUCGAUAUGAUUGUAUUUCUGAGACUCGCACAUCUGCCGCGUGCCAAUUCCGGAUAAACGGCGUCUAUUGCUCUCUUGUACAGUAUACAUACAGCGUCCCAUGGUGGGUAUCUCGUGGCGGACGUCGGCCUAUCUCCUCUUGUUGU